ACCUCCUGGUAUCUCUCGGAGGUGUCUCCUACACACGCCUUCUCGAGAUAUAAAACAGUAGCAGGGAAGUCAGCCCUCUCCAGCACAGCCACUUCCUUUGAGCAGAGGAGAAAGAAAGAACCAGUGUUUGAUUCGGAGCGUCUCGGUGGGAACUACCCAGUCGAUCUCGACGAACCGACUCACAGUUCUGUAUUCUGAAGAAGGGAGUUUUUGCUGACGGGCCACACCGACUCGAGUGAUCCAGGAUGGGCUGCAAAUGCUGCAAGAAGCGAAAGGACUCUCAAGAGCUCACUGACGUGGAGAGGGCCAUCGAAAUAGUCAUCAACAACUUCCACUGCUAUGCCGUCAAGGGCCGUAAAGAGUGCCUCACCCCCAACGAGCUGAAGGAGCUGGUGGGGCAGAGGUUGCCACAUUUAGCAAAGGACGUCGGCACGUUGGACGAGAAGAUCGAGUGCCUUGGGGAUGGUGAAGAGGCCAAACUGCAAUUUGGCGAGUACUGGGAUAUCAUGGGGGAUGCAGCCAAGGGAUGUCGAGUCCCAGGAACGAAGAAGUAAUGCACGCCGGGGAAGAUCAGAACUGCAAGGCCUCGGACCGUUUACACAGGAAGGACAAGAGACUGUCCACCAUGAUGUCAACGUGUUGUCAAUGCAGUGUUAAUAUUUUGGGGGUUCUCCCUCUCCUCACCCCUUUUCUAGCCCUGGAAUCUCCAAGUCUAGAGCUUGAUCUCUUUUAUGUCAAGAAGCAUUCAAUUUCCAGCCCAGUUUCCUCCCAGCUCCUAGGCUUGGCUCUAAAAUGACAUGGUUGAGAACCUUCCAGGAACAUGGGCAUUCCAGGUUCCUGACCAUUCAACUCUAGAACCUUCCAGUGGAGAGGUUUUGCCACAUGAGCUCUGGAGCCGUAAGAGGUCAUUUUUGGCUCGUAGUCAGAAUGUCUCCGUUUUCAAACCUUAUAUUUUCUAGUUUGAAUUCUUUCCAGCCAACACCUGUACUAUUUUGCAUGCUUGUUUGUUUUUGUUGUUCAGACCCAAAAUUUAAUCUAGAACUCUUCAGAGCUUUACUUAAAAAAUAAAUAAAUCCCCACCUCUAGAUCCAGAAAGCAUUGCUGUUCUCAUCUCUGGAUCUAGGGAAAGAAACCACUGGGUUCCCUUCCUCUUUCUAGACCUGGAAUCCAGAAUCCCAAAACUAUUUGCUCCAGACUCUGAAAACAUUUUCUUUUUAAAAAAACAACCCUAUCCAUUCAGUCCAAAGUUUUGAUAUCCUCAGUAGUGGAAUUAAUUUCCUUCCAUCUCAAGUCAACUACUCUGGCCCCGUUUUCCCUAACGUUGACUCGGCUCAUUUGUUCAGCACUUUUGCCAACUCUCCAUAGCAUUGAUGAUGUUUUCUCCAUCAAUCCUGUUUGCAGGCCGAUGGUUCAGAGGACAGAAAUGGACUCUCGUUCCCGCAUUAUUAUUAUUAUUAUUAUUAAUAUUAUUUUCUCUUCCAAAUUCACAAAGCAAAGUGACUACGGAGGUUGCAAACAGUCGUGACUGGAUUAAGCGGAUUGGAUUUGGCCUUGCAAUCAGAGGGUGGGGGGAAGGAGAGAAGCUAUGGGGACUGGAACUGGACGGACUGGGACUAGGCAAGGGCUCAGAACUAAUAUGACCACAGGAGGAAUGUAAACCUUGUUCAGUGUUAGCGGCCAACCGGCAUAUUACCAGCUCAACGAGCUCCAAUUGGAAUAACGUGAUAAUCCGUUAGAUGUCCAGGGUUGACAUCUCCGCUGGACAAGUCAAACGGACCCCAUACUUGUCGAGCCUCUAGCUUAUGGGAUCCCCAUAAAAUGCUUUGAAGUAAUAUUCCCCCUGUAGCAACAUCUAGUCUGCUGUUGUCUUCAUGAAGCUGUCCAAUGGUCAGGCCUGGAUCCGUCCCAUUCCAUUCCAUCCCGUCUGGCAGGCUAACUGGUCACUGUUUUCCAAGGGCCGGGCCGGGCGAGCGGUGGUACAAGAUGACCUCUCGUGUUGCUUGCCAUGAUUUUUUUUUGUAUAAAUCCAUGAAAUAAAAGAAAAGAAAGAAAACCA